AUGAAUAGGGACUUUGUGUUCAAUAACCAGCGGUCAACGCCGAGUGUGUGGUCAAGGAUUGGCGGCACCCUGAAUAGAUGGCUUUGGGGAGCAUUGUGUUGCGGUAUACCCGGUGUGCCAUGUUAUUUCUGUACCUGCUGCCAGAGAAUUGACGAUAUUGGCCUACAGAGGGACCGUCAAGGAAUUAACCAAUCUACAGCAACAGCAGACCGCAUGUCCCGACCUCACCGUCCGCACGCUCCUCGCGGCCGCAAAUCCACACCAGAGAUGCUGUCCGCCGUCCGGUGCGCCCUCUCGCAGCUGCAAGGCGAACCAGCGCCACCUGUCACCAGGGUUGAUGAUAGACAGACCCCGGAGCCAGGUUGAACCGACGAACCUAUCUCGUGAUGAGCAUACUUAUUGACGUAACAAAUGGUAAUAAAAUGUGGGUAACGUUUUUAAUCCGAUUG